AUGUCAACUGGACCAUAUAAUUACUCCUAUAUCUUCAAAUAUAUUAUUAUAGGAGAUAUGGGAGUAGGAAAAUCAUGUUUACUACAUCAGUUUACAGAAAAAAAAUUUAUGGCAGAUUGCCCGCAUACUAUUGGAGUUGAAUUUGGGACAAGAAUUAUUGAAGUUGCAGGACAAAAAAUAAAAUUACAAAUAUGGGACACUGCUGGCCAAGAACGUUUUAGGGCAGUUACUAGGUCUUAUUACCGAGGUGCAGCUGGAGCAUUAAUGGUCUAUGAUAUAACUCGUCGUUCAACUUAUAAUCAUCUUAGCAGCUGGCUUACAGAUACAAGGAAUUUAACAAAUCCAAGCACUGUUAUAUUUUUAAUUGGAAAUAAAAGUGACUUGGAAGGUCAACGAGACGUUACUUAUGAAGAAGCAAAACAAUUUGCUGAUGAAAAUGGUCUUAUGUUUGUAGAAGCUAGUGCAAAAACUUUGGAUCUAAAUGCUGCCGAAUCUGGAGUUCAACAUAAUCCAAGUCAACCAGGUCGUACUAAUCUUCAAGGUAUAUCUAAUGAACAACAAGGUGGAAAAGAUUCUUGCUCCUGUUAG